CAGUGGCAGCCUCCCCUCUCCACCAUGUUCCGCCUGAUCCCGAGCCUGCAGCGGGGUUGCCGGGGGCUGAGGGCGGUGCGGGCCUGGCAGCUGCUGAGCGGGAAGGCCCGGGCGGCGGGGACAGGGACAGGCGGGAGAAUGCAAAGUUCUGAUGGUUACAGAAUUGAAUCGGAUACAUUUGGUGAUCUGAAGGUGCCAAAUGACAAAUACUAUGGAGCCCAGACUGUCCGAUCGAUGAUGAACUUCAAAAUCGGAGGAAUAUCAGAGAGGAUGCCUAUCCAAGUGAUCAGAGCCUUUGCCAUCCUGAAGCAGGCAGCUGCAGAAGUGAAUAAGGAUUACGGUUUGGAUCCAAAGAUUGCUGAUGGUAUUAUCAAGGCAGCAGGCGAGGUGAUUGCUGGGAAACUGGAUGACCACUUUCCUCUGGUGGUAUGGCAGACAGGCUCUGGAACCCAAACUAACAUGAAUGUGAAUGAAGUGAUCAGCAACAGGGCCAUUCAAAUUCUUGGAGGUAAACUGGGGAGCAAAGAUCCUGUGCACCCAAAUGAUCACGUAAAUAAAAGCCAGAGUUCUAAUGACACAUUCCCGACGGCUAUGCACAUUGCGGCUGCCGUGGAGGUACACAAGGUUCUACUGCCUGGACUACAGACUCUCCACGAUGCUCUCGAUUCAAAGGCCAAGGAAUUUGCUAAUAUUAUUAAGAUUGGCCGCACCCACACCCAGGACGCUGUCCCACUUUCACUAGGGCAGGAAUUUAGUGGUUAUGUGCAGCAGGUCAAGUAUGGUAUGGAACGGAUUAAGGCUGCAAUGCCAAGAAUAUAUGAGCUAGCGGCUGGUGGAACUGCAGUGGGAACUGGAUUGAACACAAGGAUAGGGUUUGCGGAGAAGGUGGCUGCUAAAGUUUCAAAAUUCACAGGUUUACAAUUUAUAACGGCACCCAAUAAGUUUGAAGCACUUGCUGCCCAUGACGCUUUGGUGGAACUGAGUGGUGCCAUGAAUGUGGUUGCCUGCAGUCUGAUGAAGAUAGCCAAUGAUAUUCGCUUCCUCGGCUCUGGGCCUCGCUCUGGCUUGGGUGAACUCAUUCUGCCUGAGAAUGAGCCUGGGAGCAGCAUUAUGCCAGGUAAAGUGAACCCUACACAGUGUGAAGCUGUUACUAUGGUAGCAGCACAGGUCAUGGGAAAUCACGUUGCCAUCACUAUUGGCGGAAGUAAUGGCCACUUUGAGCUGAACGUUUUCAAGCCCAUGAUGAUUAAAAAUGUGCUGAACUCAGCACAGUUGAUCGGAGAUGCCUGUGUCUCCUUCACAGAGAAUUGCGUGGUUGGAAUCGAAGCCAACACAGAACGAAUCAAAAAGCUAAUGAAUGAAUCGCUAAUGCUGGUGACCGCACUCAACCCGCAUAUUGGCUAUGAUAAAUCAGCAAAGAUAGCCAAGACCGCCCACAAGGAUGGAACAACAUUAAAAGAAGCAGCAAUGAAGCUGGGGUUCCUAAAUCCGGAGCAGUUUGACGAAUGGGUCAAACCACAAGAAAUGCUGGGUCCCAAGUAACUUUUCCCAUUUGACCCAAAUACCAUCCGACAAGCAAUAAACAUUUGAAAUGAC